AUGCUACUUUCCAUGCUAUCAAUGAAAACUAAGAAAAUCGUGUGCUCGUUGAACUUUCCCCCUCGGAAAAUGUCAUUAGGCACGUGUGCACCGUGUGAGUUGGAAAUCCGAUUUUAUUCUAUUAUAAUUCACGUGGCAUUCGUAAAAAGUGAGAAAGAGGACGCUGAGACAGGACUUUUAGAGAUAAAGAGACCAGAGAGAGUCAGAUUCAACGCUGUACGAAAAGUUGACUAUGGAAUAGUCGAAUCUGUGAGUUGUCAAUGGGAGAAUGGAACGUUCGAAGUGAGAGAUUACAUUGAUCAUUUUAUGGAAAUACUCAAUCACGAUAGAAUUGAUGAAUUGACUGUUACGGGGGAUGAUGCGUAUCCUCCAGAGUCAAUUCAACAACUUGUUAAUGGAUUGGAUAUAAGACAACUUUCUUUAUCUGACUGGGUUUCUGAUAACAACGUGAAAAUAUAUUUGAAUGCAAUAAAGCCUUCACGUAGCUUUGAUUUGGAUAGAUGCUCGCUUUUCGAUUGGAAUCACACCAGGAUGAGCCAAUUUUUCGUUCAAAAUCUUGAUUACAUUGUGAUAACAAAUGCUGCCUUAUUAACUCUUGACGACUUGUUACUCACGAAUGUUUCGGAGAUUCAAAUCAAUAGAACUCGGAUGAUCGAAAAAGAUUUCAAUCGGUUUUUGAAGCAUUGGAUCGCCGGAUCGAAUCCAAGAUUGAAGUAUCUUAUGGUUGGAGGUGAUUUGACAAUUGAAGAUAGAGAGGAGUACGAGAGGGAGUUAUUGCAAGGAAUAGAGCACAGAAAGAUACCUGAUGAGGAGAAGAGGACCUGCGUGAGACAUAUGGGUUCAUACGCAGAACAUAUGGAACCCUUUUCAGGUGGUUUUUAUAUCAGAAGAAAAGAUGGGACUGAGACCAUCGUCCUCUCUAAAAAUCUUUUUUUUCAUUUAAUUCUCCAAGAGUUGGUGAAUGUUUAA